AUGGCCGACACAGAAUUACUGGCACAAAAAAUAUUUUCAGUCAAAGGGAAAGUUGCUUUGGUUACAGGUGGAGGAACUGGAAUCGGAAAAAUGAUAGCAAAGGGACUAGUAAGGAAUGGUGCUCGAGUUUAUAUAGCUUCAAGAAAAAAGGAAAAUUUGGAUAAAGUGGCAGCGGAACUAAGUGCAUUAGGUCCUGGAGAAUGUAUUGGUAUCCAAGCUAAUUUAACCUCCAAGGAGGAAUGCGAAAAACUCGUAACUGAGAUAAGAAGACGUGAACUUGACGGGAAACUUCAUAUUCUAGUGAAUAAUUCUGGGGCGACUUGGGGUGCUCCAUUGGAUAAGAUUCCCGAGAAAGCAUGGGAUCGCGUGAAUAAAUUGAAUGUAACUGGAGUAUAUUAUUUGACCAUAGCAUGUCUCCCAUUAUUGGAAAAAGCUAGCGUAAAAUCCCGAGAUCCAGCACGUGUCAUAAUUGUCGGAAGUGUUGUUGGAAUGAUUGAUGGUGACAUUGCUGGAUUGGUCUCUGUCUUUGGAAAUACUGCAUUACCUUAUAAUGUGUCCAAAGCUGCUUUACAUCAUAUGGCAAGAGGAUUAGCUGUUUAUCUCACGCCACGCGGAAUUACUGUAAAUGUGAUUGCACCUGGCGUUUUUCCGACACCAAUGAACAAGCAUCAAGAUGAAACCAUCUGCUUAUCCGAGAUCCCAUUUGGGAGAUUAGGAAUUGAAUCUGAUAUGGCUGGUAUUGCUUUGUAUUUAUCUUCCAGUGCAAGCGCAUAUGUUUCCGGUGCUAUUAUCCCGGUGGAUGGUGGUUUAAACCUGAGACCGAUUUCUCAGCAUUCGAAGAUAUAA